AUGUCUGUUCCGUAUCUCAUCAACAGCGCCUCCGGGCACAUUCCUGCCUCUGAAAGGAUCCCAGUUAUUGCCAGACCUUUCGUGAGUGAGCGAGCAAAGAAGACACUGGACUUGGUCGAGCGAUUCGUCGAGGAAGAAUGCAUUCCUGCCGACGCCGUAUUUGCGCAGCAGAUCAACUCAAAGGGCGGGGACAUCGUGUCGCGCUUCGACGCCCAUCCACCGGUCAUUGAGGACCUCAAGGCCAAAGCCCGCAAACUGGGUCUGUGGAACAUGUUCCUGCCCAAGAACCAUUUCAAGGAAGGCGCCGGCUUCUCCAACCUCGAGUACGGCCUGAUGGCCGAGUACCUGGGCAAGUCGGGCGUCGCCAGCGAGGCCACCAACUGUGCCGCCCCGGACACGGGCAAUAUGGAGGUCUUUGCCAAGUACGGCACCGAGGAGCAGAAGCAGAAGUGGCUCGGCCCCCUGCUGAACGGCGAGAUUCGAUCGGCCUUCUUGAUGACGGAGCCGCAGGUCGCCAGCAGUGAUGCCACCAACAUCGAGCUGAGCAUGAAGCGGGAUGGGGACUACUACGUGCUCAAUGGCCAGAAAUGGUGGUCCAGUGGUGCGGGCGACCGCCGAUGCAAGAUCUACAUCGUCAUGGGCAAAUCCGACCCCAACAAUCCGAACGUCUACAAGCAGCAGUCGGUUAUUCUCGUCCCUGCCGACACCCCCGGCAUCACCAUCGAGCGGAUGCUGUCAGUCAUUGGCUUUGACGAUGCCCCGCACGGACACGGCCAUAUCUCGUUCAACAACGUCCGCGUGCACAAGAGCAACAUGAUCUUGGGUGAGGGACGUGGCUUCGAGGUCGUCCAAGGCCGUCUCGGACCUGGCAGAAUCCACCACGCCAUGCGGUCUGUCGGCGCUGCCGAGAGGGCGCUCGAGUAUUUCCUGGCGCGCAUGAACGACCCGGCCAAGAAGCCAUUCGGCAAGCUGCUGGCCGAGCACGGCAUCAUGUUGGAGCGGGUGGCGCGGUCGCGCAUCGAGAUCGAUGCGGCACGGCUGGCGGUGCUCAACGCCGCCAUCAAAAUCGACCAGUCCAACGCCAAGGACGCGCUCAAGGAGAUCGCCGAGGUCAAGGUCCAGGUGCCCAACAUGCUGCUGGACGUGCUGGACCGCGCCAUCCAGGCUUACGGCGGCGCGGGGGUGUCACAAGACACACCGCUGGCAGGCAUGUGGGCUUCCGGCCGCACCAUGCGCAUCGUCGACGGGCCCGAUGAGGUGCACAUGCUACAGCUGGGCCGCAAUGAGAACAAGCGCGGUCCGGCCCUACUCAAGCGCAUUGCCGCUCAGAAGGAGAAGACCAAGGAGCUGCUCCGCCAGUACGGUCUGGAGCAGAGGGAUCCCUUCGCUUUGAAGCGUGUCAGCGGUGGCCAGUCAAAGUUGUGA